AUGUUGUCUACGCAUUUGGAAGAUUUUUCAAAUGAAUUAUUCUUCGAGAUAUUUGAAUAUUUUGAUAUUUUGGAUAUAUAUCAUAGUUUCUGGGGAAUAAAUCAACGAUUUAAUAAUCUUCUUCAAUCACUCAAUAAUCUUCCUUUAAUAAUUCAAAAUGAAAAUUUAUUACCAUUUGAUUUUUGUGCUCAUCAAAUAAAUCGAUUAAAAAUUAAUACUACAAAACCGAUUGAUUUAACUCAUUUUUCUAAUUUACAUACAUUAGAACUAUAUAAUGCAAAUAGUAAUGAAAUCGAACAAAUUCAAUGUAAUCAAAUGUCAAAUUUAGUUAAUCUUACGAUAUCAACAAAAUUUCAUAUAUCAUUACCAUUAGAAUUAAUACAUGAUAUAUUUUCAAAUGGUUUUCGUUUACUUCGUUAUGUAAAUCUCAAUCGAUUAGAUCAUUUUCAAUUCAAUUCAAAAUUUCAAUCAUUAUCUCUUAAUUCAUUAUGUAUAACUUGUAUAAAUUCAAAUAUUAUUCCACAAAUACUUUUAGCAUGUCCAUAUUUAAUUCGUUUUUCUAUAACAUUUUUUGGGCAAAAUUGUCAUAUACUUCCACCUUCAUCACCAUCCUAUAAUCAUUUAUUAGAGAAAUUUUCUCUUUUUGAUCCGUAUCAUAAAUUAACAUGUGAUACAAUUCAAAUUCUUUUACUUUAUAUUCCAAAUGUAAAAUAUUUAAAUUUACAAUUUUUAUGUCGUGUACCAUUUAUUAAUCUUAUUGAAAGUAUUCUAAAUCGAUUAGGACAAUUAGAACGAUUUGAAUGUGAUAUUUUCGAAUCACCAAAUAAUCAUAUGGUUAAUGUUGAAACUAUUCAACAAAUGAAUGAAUCUUUUCAAUAUCUAGAAUGUAUUGAAAAUGAUAACGGAUCUCGAAGAUUUUUAUUAGAAUGA